AUGAUAAAACCAUCGGCAUUUCUUCAAGGUUAUUGUGGGGUUUGUCAUAACAAAUGGCCUCUCAGAUUUGCGGGAAUGCGGUCAUAUUUUGAUCUUUUUUCAUUAUUUUUCACAUUUCUUCUAAAAGAACAUACGAGUUCAGCACAUCUUAUGAUUUACAAUUUCGAAAUUGAAAUGACAUGUGAGGGGUGUGCUAGUGCAGUGAAGAGGGUUUUGUCAAAGCUUGGAAAUGCUGUUUCUGCUGUACACACAGAUGUCGACAAAAAUACCGUCACGGUGACUUCCACUCUCCCUGAGAAAACUAUAUUGGAAACACUUCAGAAGACUUCCAAGCCCGUUAAAUAUUCUAUAAUUCAUUUCAAGUACUUGGGUAAACCCGUGUCUGAUAUUGUAGUUUCCUUGCAUUUGGUCUGCACAAGUUACUCAUUUUGCUUACGGUCAAGUUGUGUUUUCUUGUAUCUUGAUAUUUUGCUGUGGAUAGAGGCGAAGUACACUUUAAAAAAAGCAAAGUAUAUUUCAAAUUCUCCAUUAUGUUAUUCUCUUAAAUGUCCGCAAUUUAUUUUCAAUUUACUUUACGUGUGA